AUGAGUAGCGCCGUGUGCUUGCUAGAUAUUGAGUUUAUGGAAAUGGAGAAAUGCUUCAUAGAAAUGGAAACCUCCUUACCUCAGGCUGUCCUCGUCUGCCUCGCCGCCGUCGCCGCGGCCUCCCCGCAGUUCAGGAAUCAGCCCCGCCAGACCUUCCAGGACGAGCGUCAGGUGGCCAUCUUGAGGGACGACCGCCAGGAUUCCGGCGACGGCAACUUCAACUACAACUUCGAGGCCGAAAACGGAAUCAGCGUCUCUGCCUCAGGAACCCCAGGCUCUGAGGGCCAGAGCAACAUGCAAGGCAGCUACAGAUUCACCCUUCCCGACGGAACCAUCGCUGAAGUGAGAUACGUCGCCGACGAGUUCGGAUUCCGCGCCGAGUCCCCCCUCAUCCCCACCCCCCACCCCCUCCCCGCCCACGCCAUCGAGCAGAUCCGAUUUGCCGAGGAACAGCGCGCCCGUGGUGUCACCUUCUAAAGUAGAAUCCACAAUUUCUGAAACGGAGUGGAACUCAUCAUAUCACCAUAUAAUGACUCUGUAAAUACUGUUAGCAGCAGGACUGUUUGCUUCUUCAAAAAAAUAUUUAAAUAAAAUGAGCAGUAAAUGAAAA